GCUUGUGUAACCACCUGAUGCCAUAGGACCACUGGUAACCAAAUCUGCUCAUGUUUCCACCUCACUGCUGGUCGAGUUUUGCAUGAAAUGACAUGAAAAAGUGAGAGAGAAUUUUCCACGAAUGUUCCCAACACACCACAUGAAUUCCCAAACAGAGUUGGUUGUGGGAUGAAGAGAGAGAUUAAAUGGUGUGGCUCAAGAGUGCUGUCCCCUUCAUUGGGAUUCUCCUUCUGUUUCAGAGGACCACAGCUCAGCUGAUUCCUCAGCAGUACCACCUCAUCAAUGUCUCCCUGACCUGGUAUGAGGCUCAGAGCUUCUGCAGAGUAAAGUACACCGACCUGGCCACAGUGAACAACAUGGACGACAAGAACAAGUUGGUCAACACACUGGGCAGUAAUGUUACAUACUGCUGGAUCGGGCUUCAGAAAGGAAUAACUCACAGGUGGAUGUGGUCCGAUGGCAGAGGCACAGCGCAGUUCUUCCCAUGGGCUUCCGGUGAACCGGACAACUCCGGAGGCAAUGAAUGGUGUGGACAAAUGUUUCAAAAUGGAGGGUGGAAUGACGGACAGUGUGGAGGUGGUAGCGUUUUUGUGUGUUAUGAACUCCAGCAGGAUGGUUCACAAAAGUAUAUCUAUUACACAGCAACAAACAGCUGGGAGAACAGUCAAGAAGUGUGCAGAGGUAGCCACACUGACUUGGCCUAUGUAAGCACCAAGGCAGAGAACUCAGAGAUUGCCAAUGGUGCCGGAACUUUCAACACCAUGUGGAUCGGUCUGUUCAACGAUGUCUGGAUGUGGUCUGAUGGAAGUGGAACUUCCUUCAGGUACUGGUUGAGUGGCUCACCUGUUUCUGGAGACUGUGCUUCGGUUGCAGUGUCACAGCAGGGACGCUGGAUCGGAGCUGAUUGUAACCAGAAGGCCGUGUUUGCCUGUGGGGGAGAUCUCAAACUAAAGAGGAUGGUAAUAAGGAUUACGAUACGCUUUGAAGUGGACCUCACUAACUCCAUAGUCCGUGAUACACUCCUGAAAAAGUUGGAUACAAGCCUGAGACAAAAGAUGACUGAUUUCAAUCUCAGCUGGCAAAGUGACCAAAGUGGACAUGUCUUCCAACGUCAAGAGCAGCUGGAGGCCACCAAGAAGCCAGGAUGCUAAUUGUAAAGCAGAGGUAACCAUAUGUUAAGUAAGUUCAGUUUUACUGUUGAAGAAUUGAGAGUGAUCAUUUUAAUACCAUAUCUAACUUUGGUAUAUAUUAGUAUAUAUUCUGUGUACUUAUUCAUAUUGUCCUGCUUCAUAAUAAUUGGUGAAUGUAUCCUUUAAAUAAAUAAUUUACCUGACUUUAUAGCUCAAAUUGAAGUGGUAUUUAAGAACAUGAGAUCAAGUCUGUGCAUUUAUUUUGCAUUUUGCUCAAUGCAUGUGAGUGAAUGUAUCGGUUGCUUGAUACCUGUUGCACAAUUGUACACUUUCUUUGAUUUUGUUACAACUGUCUGUUCAACUUUGAUCAGUGAUUGGAGAUGAGGUGUUUUCUGUUUUUGUUGAGUUUUUAAUACAAUGACCAAAUGGCAGACUCGGAUAGCCUUUAGGUCAUAUUCAUGUUUAUGAAUUGUGACUUAUUGUGAUUACCCAUGUUUUGAUGCCAGAAUGUCAACCAAAAACCAUGUGUUAUUAAAGAAAAAGCUCAAACAAAACCUUUAAUUAUGCAUUAAUGUAUGAUUUUUUGUGCUAUUACUAUUAACGUUAUGUUUUAAUUUCGCUUAUGCUUGAUCUGUGUGAUUUAAUUGACUACAGAUAUUAGAGUUUAACCUGACGACUUUGCCACAUACUAUCUUAAUCCU